CAUCACAAACCCCCAUUUUUCAUUGCUCCCCAUGCAAGCCACCAUAUAUAAAACCUCUUCCUUAGUUUCUCCACAGUCAAAAAUUCUCUGCAAUAAAUUCCACACAUUCCUUAAACCUCUUCCUCCAUAACUACCUAAAAUCCUGCCCAAGCAAAACUCCCUUAUUCCAAUCCUUCCAUUUCCAUGGCCACUUCUCAUCAUUCUAAAACCUUCCAUCUUCCAUGCAAAGCCUUUUUUCUGGCUUCCCUCCUUGUUUACUUGCUUCUUGUUGGUUCCUGUACUGCAAUAAGGACUGGGGCAACUAUGAGGCUCAACAAAAGCUCAGAACUUCUCCGGCCAAAGCAACGACCGCGUUUUGAAUACAGAGGCCUUGUUUUCAACUUCUUCCCCAAAGGGGUGCCAAUACCACCUUCAGGCCCUUCAAAGAGGCAUAACUCAGUUUUGGAUUCCACACCUCAGAAUUGAGUUCAAUAAGGAUGUCCUUUUUGCACAAGUUUCUCCAUUUUUUGUUUUCUUCUUUAAAUUUUGGGUUUUGAAUUGAUAGAAUAGAUGCAACGUUUACAUCUGAUAUAUAUCAGGCACAAUGAUAUCAGAUCCUUAGAGGGUCUGAUUUUUAUUUUUGGCUAUGUGAUUCUAAAUUUUACUGUACAUAAGAGAUAUGCAGAUAGUAAUAAUGUAUUUACUCAUUGUUCAGUACGAGAUGAUAUUGUUAUCUUUUUAUAUAUU